UGAAGACUGUAGUAGAACUACUUAAUUUCUCUCUCGCACCGCAACGCAGCCUCGCACUUGGUAAUGUGACUACUGCUUCCUCCUCGGUGGAAUAUCAUCUUUCCAGACUUCGCUCCCUCCAAAUUCCAAUAGUCAAAUCUUCAAAAUUUCUCAAAACUCAACUAUCCAAUUCUAAAGAUAACAAAGAAACACGGGUUUACAACAGAUAAAAUCGGGCAGAUUUUGUACACAUAAAAAAACACCCCAUUUAAGCUUCUGAAUCCAGCAGUAAUGGCAGCAAAAGGGUUCCAUUUGACUUACCCAUUUCUCUCACACCAUCAGAUUACACACUUUGCUACGCCACUCAUUACAAUCAAUCUCUCUCCUCUUGUUAAGCAACAAAUUUCUUCUCCUGCAGCACUUUUGAGGUGGACAAAGAAAAACGAAGAGCAAGAUUUGCAGGAAUUACCCCCAGGUUUAUCUCCAGAGUUUUAUGAUGAUAAUUGGCAGGCACAACAGCGCGAAAAGACCAAAGAACUUCAUAGAAAACGCCUAGAAGAGGAUGAAGAAGAGGAAAAGAAGGUCCAAGAAUACCGUGAAAUUGGCACACGUCUGAAAAGCUUCCCAGAUGAAGAUGUUAGAAAAGCAAGAAAACUGGUUUCAAGCUUUAUCAGGGCUGAAGAAGAAGUAGAAGAGAAAAUUGAAGAAGCUGCUGAGAGAGGGGAGCUCGACGAACUUGUGCUAAUGGUCAUCUGGAAUCGACUUGAUCUUGCUAGAAGAGAUGAGGAGAAGGACGCAAUCAGAAGUUUGGAUCUCCUGUACAGGAGGGUUGAGACUGAGAUUUUGAAACGAGAGGCUUCACCUGCCAUGAGAUUGCUCAACGAUCUUUUGAAUAUGCACGAUGGAUUUGAUGAUGAAGGCUGGCUAAAGGAGUGUAAGAAGCUCAUGAUUAAGACAUUUCCUCGAGAGGAUCCUUUCAGCAUCAUUGUUCCCACAGGUUUCAACAUAGAAGAGCAUCAAGGCCCAUUACGUCCACCAUUGGAGACUGACGAGGUUUUUUUGAGGGUAGAUUUCGUAAGAGAGGUUAAUGUGUUGCUACAAGAGGUGAGAGCGGAACAACAGGAAGUACAGAAUGCACAAGGUUUUGAUCCAGAAUCUAUAGCAGCUCGGUUGAAGCACCAAGAGAAGCAACGAGCUAUUCGACAAGUCGAAUUGCUGCUAGAGCUUGCCAUCAACUUGCAAUGGUAAUGGACAGAUCCUCUCCGUCCUGAAGGACAUAAAUGGUUGGACUUGUACAGAAACUUGACAUAGCUCCCCUCUUAAAUCAGAAAUUUAGUGGUAUAUUACUGCUUGAAAUGUUUGUAAAAUUAAUUGUGAGCUUUCAUUGUUUCACUAGCCACUAGGAGUUUAGUUUAGAAUCUUUUUCAUAUAUUAUAUAUAUAUAGUCAUGUUUCUACAAGCUUACAAAGAAGGUACGUUUUCUUUUCUAA